AAACUUUAUUUACAUUGAUCUUGUUACAAACAUUUUAUAAUCAGAACGAAACGGAUUAAUUAAAUUUUAAUUACAUGUUCCGUUAUAUACUCGACCGACGUAAUAAAAUUUGUAAUUUCCAUUAACAUUUUCAUGUGUAGUGCGAAUAAUGCAGCAGGCGAAGGAAAAUAUUUUUAACGUGAAAAGAAAAUGUAAUUCCGUCUACAUUAGAUGUAUCGAAAUCGCGUUCCAAGAAAAAGAGAACAAUUUUUCUCCCUCCUCUUGCGCAAAAGAGAUCCUACAAUCCCGUGAAAAAUCCCAGACAUCGAGGGCGCCUUGUUAGUCGCUUUUAUGGUGAAUGGCUACGUGUAACUCAACUCAUGCUGUGUAUGUCCGUGUCUUUGUCGUGAUCCCGUGAUAAUUCCUUCUAAGCUAAAUCGUGGUCGCCAAUCCCUACGGCAAAAGGGCGCGACGAUCUCUAGCGAAGCUGUACUGACUCUCUUGUGUGUUUUCUAGAGCGGAAGUACUCGCCAAUCGAAUGGUACUAUCGGUACCAGACGCUGUAUCUACAACUGAUGGCGGAGAACCAAUUGACGAAGGAGACGACCACGAGAACGGCAGUUAAUCUGACGAGCGUCUGUCCCGGUAACGUCGCCGUCGAGAAGAUGCAAAACGACCAACCGCUGACGGAAGUCAAUAGCAACCAGGUAACCGCGGCGGGUAAUCGCGACCACUAUUGUCCGCGUUGCGGUAACGCCUACACGAGGCCGCACUCGCUGAACAGACACAUGAGAUUCGAGUGCGGCGUAGAGCCGCAAUUCGAAUGUCCCAUCUGCCACAAGAAGUCGAAGCACAAGCAUAAUCUGCUAUUACAUAUGAGAAUUCAUCAGAAGCCUUGAGACCGCUCGCUGCCAUUGAAUGUUACGCGGGGAGAACGCGCUGUUAAAGUUUUCGUGAACUUUCAAAACGGUACAAAAAUCACGCGCGGUUUGAAAUACGUUUGUCGAAUUGAAUCAAGACUCAGAACUCUCUGGGCGGUAUUCAUAGUCGGAUCUUAUUUCGAGACCGUCUUAAGUAAUGAUGAAAAUUUAGAUGCUAAUAUGGUCAUUUUAUUGGUUGAACGGAGUCUUAAGACUGCUUUUGACCGGACUUAAGACGAUAUUAAAUAUAAGAUCUGACUAUAAAUACCGGCCUAAGAUUCUGACAGACUGAUUCUUUUUUUUUUUUGUUGAAUAGUUUGUUCACUAAGCUAUUUGUGGAUACUAUGUCUCAAAAGAAUUAUUAACUUUUUGGGCUUAAUGUUACUUUUAAUUCUGUUAGUUUCUUUGGACUUUGAGAAGAAAAAGCAUCCUGUUCGUUUCUCUUACGCGUAAACAUCACUUUGUGAUUAAUUAUGGACAAUAAACAUUCAGAAAAUGCAAAUAUAUACAACUAUAGAGUUAACAGAUGACUCAUAUAACAGAUACAAUUGAUUUGUAUCAACACAAAGAAAAUAGCACGAUUAAGCUUUAUUCAUAGAUCUUAAUUGAGUUAUUCUUCAUUAAUUGAGGAGAGAGUUAUAUAAUAUAAAUACAAUAUUAAGUAUUUUAAGUGCAAGUACACUUUAAGGAUGUAUUUGACUCGUAUAUAGCAAAGUUGUCUAACUUGUGAUGUCACACAAACGAGCGACCAAUUAAUUAAACAGCUUUGAUAUAUAAUUACAAAGUCUCCCAAAGAGUAUGUAAGAUAGAAUAUACUUAUGUAUAAGAAUACGUAAGAUCAAGACCUGUGCCUGAUCUAUCUAAAGAAACGUUAACGUAUUAUUUUAGAUAUUCUCAGUCAAAACUGCCAAAAGUUGCGAGAAAUAGUUACAAGGAAUUCUUAUUAAGGCGAAACCCCUGACUUUAGUCUCUGUUUUACAAAAUAAUAACAAAGUUACUACAAAGAUUAGUAAACAAGAUGCCUUUUUGUUGGCUGUUCUAAUUAGGUUUGCAAUUUUUUGAGCGCAAUUAUGAUAUCUAAUCAAAUCGUUAUAAUUAACGAACGAUUCCAUAAACGUAAGACUCAAUAUCAGUAAGUUUAUUAGUAUCGUUGAAGCCAGUAAUUUUUAUGUACGUGUGUUCAAACUUUACCAUUAGUUUUUAAAUC